AUGUCCUCGAAUCUUCCAAGUUCGCGGGAACCGAAAGAAUCCCGAGAUCCAAAGCCGUCGCGCCGAAGUACUUCGAAUUUGUCCAACUUUUCGGUCACUUCUACGGCAGGCUUCAGCUCCAUUGACAACAUCAAAUCGCCGGUUGUGAUAGAGCUGGGAGCUAGAACGACAAAGUAAGAGUUACUGUGAUGAAUCAAUGUGAUUAGUGUUUUUCAGGAUCGGUUUGGCAGGCGAUUCCUCGCCGAGGUCGAUUUUCCGAACGGAAUUCGUUGACGAAAAUUCCGUGAAGUUUACGAGCGUACAGCUUUUGUCACCAAGAAGCAGUAGACUAGACCCAAAUGGGUAUAAUGCUUUGGUCAAGUUCAUAAAGAACAUUUUCGAGUGAGUUUUUUCCAACUUUUCUUGAAAAUAAAUUUCUUCCAGUGUUUUGGGGACGAUGCCAAAAGAUCGACGAGUCAUCGUGUUGGAAAACGUUCUGACGGAAACCAGCUUCCGUGUCAAACUCAGCCAGGUAUUCUACCAGAACGUUUUUGGUGAUUUAAAAAUUCUCGAGAAAAAAAAAAUUCUCUUCCAUUUCAUUCUAUGCUUGAGAAACAGCCGAUUUUAACGAGGUGUCUUUUUUUCCGAAUAUUUUAUGAAACUUAUUGAAUAUAACUGGUAUUUUUUUGGAUUUUUUUGCUGACUUUCUCAAUUUAAAAAAAUUUUUUUCAGCAGUAUAGAUUUUUCUUUUGAUGUCAUAGAAAAUAUCCUGAAAAAUCAAGAGUUAUAAGCUAUAAAAAAAUAAGAUAUGGUUAAUGAAUAAGGUUGCAUUAAAACGAAACCGGAGCAUAUUCGAGUUGUGGAAAAAUUCGCUCAUCUUCUGUCGGUGUUGAAAAAUCCUGGCGAACAAAAAUUGUAAUUCUAGGCGUAUGACGUUAAUAAGGCUCAAAACCUGAAAUUGUUUGUUCAUUUUUUAAAUUCGAGUUUUUAAAAAAAGACAUGAAGAUCAUUACUCAGGAAAAAAUCCUUCUUAAACUUGAGCGUUUUUUUUUACUUUGAGUCUACCAAAUUUUAAUAAAAGCCCAGGACUUUCUCACGGAUUCCGGUGGUAUAAAAUAAAAACCAGCGGCUUUUCCGAUUUUUUCAAAGGGUUAGGGAACUUUCCGCCUCUUUUUCUUGAUAAACUCUUCGUUUUGAGUCUUCCUAUAUCAAAUAGGUAUAGUCAAUGUUUCCCGACUUGAAAGGCGGGGCAAGGGGCGGGACGCGUAGCGUGUGCGUUCACGGUUCUUGGCGCGAGUUCAAUUCAAUUGUCGUCGACUAUUUAAAAAGCUCGGCAGCCGCUCUUUUUCAAUGUUUUCUACUAUUUUUGAUGCACACAUAAACAUAAUCAAUAAAUAAUUGAAAAAAGAAGUGAAAAGAGCGAUAAAUGAGCUCUCCAAAUAGUCGCUGGUGGUUGAAUUGUGCAUAGGUAAAACUGAAAAGUUCCUUUGAGGAUCCUCAAAGGAUCCUGAGAGGGAGAUAAAAAGCUUCCUCUAAAAGCUCCUAAAAUGAUGUAAAAAAGCUUUUGAGCACCUUUUUCAUAGCCUCAGAGGAUCCUUUUUGAAUCCUCUCGGAUCUUUUUUGUUGCUUUCCAGCAUCUUUUCUGUCAGAGGAUGUGAAAAAGACGCAAAAAAGAACUGAAAUGAUGUAAAAAAGAUCUGCUGGGGACCCUUUCAAGGUCUUUUUUUGAGAAAAGCUUUUGGGGAACUUUUCAGUUUUGCCUGAGUGCCAAGAACCGCGUACGCACACGCUACGCGUCCCGCCCCUUGCCCCGCCUCCCUCGCCUUUCAAGUCGGGAAACAUUGACUAUAGUUUAGCACAGAAAAAGAGAAAAAUGUUAAAAGACCUUUUAUAAACCGAAAAAUACAAGGGAAAAAAUGUCGGGAAGUUCCUAGCGAUAUGAAAAAAAUCGGAAAAGUCGCCUUUCGAAAAUUUGCUGGUUUUUUUCAUACCACCCCUAUUUCAUCAGCUUUCCGGUAACCUUGAAACAUAAAAGAACCCUAGCACUUCAUAGUUUUUUUCGACUUCAAAAUUACCUAACUUCGAAAACCUCCAGAGCUUCCACAUGAGGCUUAUUUAAUUCCACAAACUUUCAGAUAAUCUUGGAAGUUCUCCAAUGUCCUUCCAUUUGGUUCGUGACUUCUCAUCUUUGCGCCACCUUUCCUUUCAACACUGCAAACGCUCUCGUCGUUGACAUCGGCUCCGCUGAGACCAUCAUUCUACCUGUACGUUCCAUUUAUUGUUGCACACCUGUAUGGACAAUUUUUGUCGACUUGAAAUGGGAAAUGGGUGAAUUAGCAAGGGUGACUACGCGUCGUGAUAUUUUGGCUGGAGUAUCUUUUUUUUUGAAGGAAGACUCAGUUAGACGAAUGAAAUUAUAAAAUUAAUGAAAAUUAGACUUAGAGUUCCUCGCCAAAACCGCGUCGCACACGCAACGCUUCACCCUUGUCAAUAUAACUGAAGUAGCGAAUUCGCCACAGAGCACAUUUUGCGGCAUCCUUUGAUUAGAAUUUGCCCUUUUUUGAAAGCCCAUUAAAGCUUCAGGUCAAAAAAAUCGUUUUUUAACAAAGUUAUGAACGAUAAACCUCAAAAAAAACUCACCUGUUUUCGCUAUUGUAUCUCGCCUUUCAUUUCGUGAGCAACUGAUUAUAUUUUUCUAACUGUAUCAUAAAAUCCUAGCGUUUUUGAAGAAUACAUGCAGCCUUCAAGAUUUGAGUUUUUUGAGCCCUCGACUGUCAAAUCCAAAGAAGUUGACUACACAUUUUCACUGUUUCAGGUGUCCGAAGGCGUGACCCUGCUGAGCUGCGUGCACGUCUCCAGUUCUGUCAGCUCACUUUAUCUGGAAGUGAGAUGCGAUCAACUCAUGCGGGCGCACGGUCAGCGAGAGAGUCCGGAAGGCGUAAGAUCGGCUCUGAGAGAUGAGGAUUGGAGAAUCAUCAGGGUAUUUUUUUAACUUUUUUUAUUUUGUAGUUUUUUUAAGUUUUUUUAGCCGUUUGUAACGUUCACCAGAAGCGACCUUAGUGAUCAUUUUUCUUAGUUGAGUUAUCACUUAAGCGUCCUAAUCAGCCAAAAUUGAGUUUUGUAGCGUUUUUUCAUCGCUCCUUAAACUCCUUUUUCAAAGUCUCGGUUUUUUUUUCUCAAAACGACACGAUUCUCAUCAGAUUGAUCCCUUAAAUAAAUUUAUCAUUUUCAAAAAAUAGUUUGAAUAAUAGUUCUUGCCUCCUUUCGAGCCCUUUUUUUGUUGCUAUUCUGGAGGUUUGAAUUCUAGUUUUUUUUUUUGGUGUAUCUUUAAAUUUUUCUAGAUCUCUUCGUUAGGAGCUGAAUUUAUAAGUUUUUUUUGAAAAAUUUCCGAAUCAUAUUUUUGUAAUAGUUCAUCAACAAUACAGAUAAAAAAAAGCAAAGAAAGUAUUAUUUGACUUUUUUUAAAAACUUUUUAACUUUUUUUUUCCUCAAAAAUCAAGAAGGUUUGAAGGUUGAGACUUUUAUAAUUUUUAAAAAGGGUUUAGCCUUUUUUUAUGUCAAAAAUUUUCCAACCGCGGUGUGAACACAAUUUUCUAUUGAAAAACGUUCUAAAUUGCGAAACGAACCGUAUUUCAAGGAAUCGAACGUUUUGGAAACGAUCGUCGUGAGCCACUGUUUCUGCACGACCCGUGAAAGAGCUCUCGCCCACAAAAAACCCGGCGCGAAAAAACCGGAACCCGAGGCCGAAGAAGUCGUCCUCAAGUUCGACGGGCUCACCCUUAUCGUCCCACCUUACGUCAGGUUCCUCAUCAAUCUGCGGAAUUUCGAAAUAUCCGGCUUGAAAUGCAGAGAAAUGACGUGCGAAAUUCUGUUCGACCAGGAAUUGACAAUGGAAAUGGGCGACGAUUGCGCUCUCCCGAACCUCCUUCACGACUUGUCGAGAAAGGUAAAAAUUGGAACGAAGACGGUUUCUGUCGACUUCGGUUUUGAAAGAAUUCCAUACGCGACCGACUUGAAACGGUUUACGCCGCACGCCACUCGAAAAUUUAAGAAAACGCUUAAAAUUACAAAAAUUGAGCUUUUUUGCACCCGCCAUGGACGCACUUCCAGUUAAAGAUUGCGCUCUUUUACGAUUUUUGAAGAUUUUGAAGUUUGACAGAUUUUUUUUAAGAAAAAAGAACAAUUUUCUGAAAAAAAAAAACUAGACCUGGAAUGAUUUUUCGAAAAAUUGAUUCGAAUUACUCUGAAAUAUGAAGUUUGAAGUUCAAAUUUGAUCAAAAUCGAUAAAUUAGUUCUUAUUUUUUUAAUUUAUAUGGACUCUAAUCUUAGGGAAUAUGAAAUAAAGAGUAUUUUAAAAAACAAAUUCUGUCGUUUCUCACGUUUUCUCUAAGUCUUUAGUUUUUUUACCUGCAAUAACUUUGAUUUUUUGGAAAAUAUGAACUAUUUUCCAGGUUUCGUGCAAGUUUACUAUAAACAGUUUUCCGUACAGCGAUCCAAAACAUUUUUCGAAAUUAAAAGGCGGGAAAAUAAAAUCACGUUUUUCGUCAAAAGUAGUCAUAGCUGUGUCGUUUCGCACUGAAAAAAUCUACAAGAUAUUCACCUCAAACCCCGUUUUUCACUGUCCCUAUGUCUUUAAGUUAAAGGUUGUUUUUUUUUUUUAAAGUUUCAGUUGAAAAGUUUCUUUUUUCAUUCUCGAUUUAAGCUUUCAUAGCGGUCAUGGAAAGCUUAAAAUCGGUUAAAUAUGGGCCUAAUUCAAAUUCAUUGUGCCAUUCCCAAUGCGGUCUUAGAAUUUUUAAGCCGCACCGCUUGACAUAUAUAAAAUUAAAUUUAAAAUAAUAUGUUUUUUUCUUAUAGAAAAAAAUGUCAUUUUAAGCUCCCCAUCGAUCUGAAAAGGCAAAUGUUCUCCAAUAUCUUGGUCACCGGCGGCUCAGCCAUGUUUCCCGGUUUCAACUCGAGACUCAAGGUUGAUUUUCUAUGACCGUUGACCUUAUUAUUAUCGAAACCGGGCUUCAGGAAGAACUUCAAGCGAUGGCGGAUCAACAGAAGUUGAAAACAGCGGACGACGUGAAAUUCUACCAGUUUGACGACAUCAACUCUCAGUUGUACUUGUCUUGGCUCGGAGGUUCUUGUUCGGCUCAAGAUUCCUUGACGAUACAGUAUACCUUCAGCCAGCAUGAUCGGAUCGCUUCAAGACGUCGUCCAGAACCGAUCGCUCACCAGAGAAAGCUUCCUGAACGGCGGAAGACCCCAGGAUUGGCUUGAUAAUUUUUCAACGCGGCCUUAUCAGGUUUCGUAGUUUUCCGUUUCAAAAUUUGACGAAUUUGAAAGUUGAUAAAAAUUUGAAACCCUUUUCUCAUUCCAAAAUUCGACGAAAAGUCACCUGCUCUAUGCUUUAAAAAAAAACUUGCGUUAUUCAGUUUUAACUCCUCUUUUAACACAUUCCCAUUUAAAAGUUCAAAUAAUAGCUUCUCUUUUUAAACUCAUCAUUGUACAUCUUUGUCAAAUAUUCAAUGUCAAGUCGUAUCUUAAGCUCCGCCUCUAGUGCCGCGGUAAACCAAUCAGAGAGCGAGCCUUUUCGAAUGACGCUAUUGAAAUUGGCAUCAAAAUUAUGAAUAGACUAUAUAACGAAUUUAUGAAAUCCUCAUUGAAAAACUCACAGGAAUCUUUAAAACCUAUAAAUUCUUUUCAGGCCGAGCUAUUCGGAGAAAAGUCGCGAUGA